AGAAAAAUUAGUACAAGAAGAGUAUGAACAGGUUUGAUUUGACAGCACUAAUCUUCAAGUACAAAGUAGGAUUCUCCUCAUAAAAUGCAAGAGGGGAUGAAAGAGGAACUCCAUGCACCAUGCUAAAAUUCUUUCAAGCUUUGUCAUGAGUCAAUACAUCUACCUGCUCUGCGCUAAGAUUCUACUAUUCAGCUUCUCCUUUUGCUCUUCUUCUGAUACCAUAGUUGCUGACAAAGGCAUCAGAGAUGGAGAGCUUCUUGUUUCAAAAGCCCAAACAUUUGCUCUUGGAUUCUUCAGUCCAGUCAAGUCCAACUUCCGCUAUGUGGGAAUAUGGUACAACAAUGUGCAAGAACAAACUGUUGCUUGGGUUGCAAACAGAAACACUCCAAUCAAUGACACUUCUGGGUUUCUCUCAAUCAAUCCAGAUGGAAACCUAGUACUCCAACACAAAUAUAGCACCUUUCCAGUUUGGUCUACCAAUAUUUCUACUUCUCAAUCAAACAGCACCAAAGUCAUGGCUAAACUCACAGAUAUAGGUAAUCUUGUUCUGAUUCUUGACAACACCAAAGCUGUCGUCUGGCAAAGCUUUGAUCAUCCCACAGAUACCUUACUUCAAUAUCUAAGGGUUGGUUUCGACAGAAGAACAAACCAGAGCUGGUUCCUCCAAUCUUGGAAGACAGAUAAUGAUCCCGGAGCAGGUUCGUACACAUUGAAAAUAAGCAGCGCUGGGAAACCCCAGUUGAUCUUUUACCACCAGAACCUGCCCUUUUGGCGAGGCGGAUCGUGGAACGGAGAAUUAUUUAUGGGUAUACCCGACAUGAAGAGAGAUAUGUAUACUUUUAACGCUUCUUAUAUAGAAGAUGAUAACCAGGCAGUGCUCUCAUAUAGCACGGUUGAUCAGUCGUUGAUCUCUAGGGUAGUAGUUCAACCAUCAGGUUUCUUUCAAGUAUUCACUUGGGAUGACCAAAAGAAUCAAUGGAAUAGGUACUGGUCUGAACCAACAAAUCAGUGUGAUAACUAUGGAACCUGUGGAUCAAACGGCAAUUGUGACCCUUUGAACUUUGAGGAAUUUCGGUGCACUUGUCUACCUGGGUUUGAACCCAAAUCCCCACAUGAGUGGUACAAUAACAGAGAUGGGUCAGAAGGGUGCGUGAGGAAGAAAGGUGUAUCAGUUUGCGGGAAUGGAGAAGGGUUUGUGAAACUUGAAGGCUUAAAGCUCCCUGAUACCUCUGAGGCAAUUGCCAAAGAGGGUUGGAGUUUGGAUGAGUGUGAGAAGGAUUGCUUGAGAAACUGCUCUUGCACUGCUUAUGCAGUUCUUGAUGUGAGGAAUGGUGGAAGUGGGUGCUUGGCAUGGCAUGGAAAUUUAAUAGACAUACAAAAACUGAGUGAUCAAGGCCAAGAUUUAUUUGUUCGAGUUGAUGCAGUCGAACUAGAAAAUUAUAACAAAAAAAGAAAAGGAGUACGCAGUAAAAAGAGGAUGGUUGCAAUUCCGAUUGCUUCAGUACUGACAAGUGUCAUUCUUUUCUCCUGUGUAUAUUACAUGUGGAAGAGAAAAAGCAAAGAUAAAGUGAGGCAACAUUUAAACCAAUUUUCCCCUGAAGACGACCACGAUAUCCCAAGCAACGCACAUCCAAAUCUUCCCUUUUUCAGCCUUAAAGUAAUAAUGGAAGCCACAAGAAAUUUUGGUGAUGAGAACAAGCUUGGGCAAGGUGGAUUUGGUUCUGUGUACAAGGGCUGCCUAGCCAAUGGACAAGAGAUAGCAGUGAAAAGAUUGUCUGAACAUUCAGGUCAGGGGACAGAAGAGUUUAAAACUGAAGUUAGAUUGUUAGUUAAACUUCAACACAGAAAUCUGGUGCGGCUGCUCGGUUGUUGCUUUGAAAAAGAAGAAAGGAUGUUAGUUUAUGAAUAUUUACCAAAUAAAAGCUUGGACUUUUUCAUAUUCGAUGAAAAGCGAAGGUCAUCACUGACUUGGGAUAAGCGGUUUGAAAUCAUUUUGGGGAUUGCUCGAGGUGUUCUAUAUCUUCAUCAAGAUUCAAGGCUGAAAAUAAUUCAUAGAGAUCUAAAAGCAAGCAAUGUACUCCUUGAUGCUGCAAUGAAUCCCAAAAUCUCAGAUUUCGGUAUGGCUAGAAUAUUUGGAGAAGAUCAAAUCCAAGCAAGGACGAGAAGAGUGGUUGGAACAUACGGUUAUAUGUCACCAGAAUAUGCAAUGGAUGGACGGUAUUCAACAAAAUCUGAUGUCUUUAGUUUCGGGGUCUUACUCCUGGAGAUUAUUGCUGGCAAGAGAAAUACAGAUUGUGAAAAGGGAAGAUCCUCCCCAAAUUUAAUUGGACAUGUGUGGAUACUUUGGACAGAAGGAAUGGCCUUGGACAUAGUUGAUUCAACACUGUCUCAGUCUUACUCUCCAGCUCUUGUUCUGAGGUGCAUUCAAAUUGGUCUAUUGUGCGUUCAAGAAAAUGCAGAGAAUAGACCUUCCUUGUCGGAAGUUGCUUUUAUGCUGAGCAAUGAAACACCUCUUUCCCCACCCCAAAAGCCAGCAUUUUUAUUCCAUGGAGACAGAGAUUGGCCUGAGCCGUCAACAUCAGGGGGAGGAUCUUCAAUAAAUGAAGUAACAGCAACCACCAUCAUCGCCCGCUAGCUAAAAGCUACCUCAGUUUUUUAAGGUGGUGCAGAUUUUAUUUUAAAUGUGUCUGGUACACAUGUGUAGCAUUUUGGCGCUUUCUAGCUUAGCUACAGCCCCUAAAAUCAUUUGGCGCAUUAUGUUCAUGUAAAAUAAAUAAAUGGAAUUUUGUGCACUUAUAUCCAUUGAAAUUGUGGGGGUGUGGAGGCUCUAAAUAUUAUCAGACCUAGAAACCAUUGAUUUGUUCAUAAGAAACAAUUUUCCA